AUGGAAGAAGAAGAACUGAUUUAUGAUGAUGUUGAUUGUAGCGACGACGAUGACGAGAGCUCUGAAUGUAGCAGAGACGAGGACACGUCAAUUGAAACAAAGCUGGUGGAAAUUAAAGCUUAUGUCAGUAAAAUGGAAGAAGUUCUGAAGGCAAUUCGUCAAAGUCAAACAAAGGUGAAAAAACAAGUGACUUUGGAUAAACCUCCAAGCGCUGCAGGAGCAACAUUACCAUUCAAUAUGUCUACUAAAGAAAAGAUAGAAGUGGAUGGUCGUUCCAUAUAUGUGGGUAAUGUUGACUAUGGGGCGACAGGAGAAGAACUUGGUCAACACUUUCUGGGAUGUGGUUUCGUGAAGAAAGUUACUAUACUUACAAAUAAAUAUAAUGGCCACCCAAAGGGCUUCGCAUAUAUGGAGUUUGCAGAAAAAGACUCAGUUGAGGUGGCCAUGGCACUGGAUGACUCACUCUUCAGAGGCCGGCAACUUAAGGUAAGGCCUAAGCGCUCAAACCGGCCAGGUAUUACCACCAGCAAUCGACCUCCUCCACGUGUCAUAAGGGCUUUUGACCGUGGGCCACGAAACUUUUAUUCUGGAUAUCGACCAAUGAGACCACCAUACAGAAGCCGGAAGGUCUUCUACAGCCCUUAUUAA